AUGUAUAAAAAUGAAUUGAUAAUUAAACGUUAUGCACAGAGACGAUUGUACUAUGUGCACACCUAUGCAUUCAAGACGAUUUCCGAUCUAGUGGCAUAUCACACGCGCCUGAAAAAGCCUCUCAACCAGGACAACGUCUGUAUAAUCAGAGGUGUCGUUAAAAGCAACUGGCAACUUGCCCACGAGCAGAUAGAACGAAUUAAAAAAAUCGGCGAGGGUGCGUUUGGUGAGGUCUGGGAGGGCACUCUAAAUCUUGGUGUAUUUCGCGGACAGAUCCCGGUGGCAGUCAAAUCAUUACAUACGGGAAAUAUCAGCGCCGAAGAGCGUGCCAAAUUUUUACGCGAAGCGAAUCUAAUGCUGAAAUUAAGUCAUCCGAAUAUUAUCAAACUGUACGGUGUAGCAACCUCGAAGGACCCACUCAUGAUCGUCAUGGAGCUGGCCAGCGGAGGUUCGCUUCUGCAGCGAAUUCAGAACACCAUAAAUCCAGUAAAUUUUUGGAGCAAUUAG